UGGUGAGGAAGGUGAUGAUGAAAUAAAAACUCUUAUGAAUCAAAACAUCAGAGGAUAAAAAGAGAAACAAAGCUGAAGAUGUUGUUGUGGUGGUCUCCAUGGUCCGUGCUCAACCUGUGGGUGCUGCUGGUGGUGGUCGCUGCGGGCGGGGUCUGUGGGGAGCACACGCACCGCCACCACAACACUUCCUCCUGGCAUCAACACAGACCUCUGCAGACCUCUGCAGAUAAUGAGGAGCGAGUGAUGGCGUGUUACUACGGGUCGUGGGCCGUAUACCGGCCUGGUGAAGGCAAGUUUGACGUGGAGAACAUUGACCCUUACCUGUGUACUCACCUCAUCUAUGGCUUCGCUGGCCUUCAAGAGUCCUCCAACACCAUCGUCAGCCUCGACCCCUACAACGACCUCUAUGACAACUACGGGAAAGGAGCUUACCUGAGGUUCACGCGUCUUAAGAGGAUCAACCCGUCCCUCAAGACGCUACUGGCCAUUGGCGGCUGGAACGAGGGAUCAACCAAGUACUCUCAGAUGGCUGCAGGCGCCAGCAGUAGGUCAGCCUUCAUCAGCAGCUGCGUCCAGUUCCUGCAGAAAUACGGCUUCGACGGGCUGGACUUGGACUGGGAGUACCCGACCUUACGAGGCGGCCACCCGGAGGAUAAGGCCAACUUUGCUCUCCUCCUGAAGGAGAUGAGGCGAGAGUUCUCCAAGCUUGGGCUGCUGAUGACCUCAGCUGUGUCAGCUGGCAAGGUCACCAUCGACGCCGCCUAUGAUGUGGCAGCUUUGGCCAGGAACCUGGACCUGGUGCACCUGAUGGGCUAUGAUCUGCAUGGGUCGUGGGAAAACUACGCCCAUCACCACUCACCCCUCUACGCCCAUCCCCUUGAUAAAGGAGACAAUGUCCUUCUGAACGUGAUGUGUGAGAGUGAGGAGAGGGUGGAGUGGAACGUAGUGAGAGAGAAGCACCUGGUGGCACCCUACGCCUACCUUGACCGCCAGUGGUGUGGCUACGAUGACCUCAAGUCACUUACAGCCAAGACGCUGUACGUCAAGGCCCUGGGCCUGGCCGGGGCCAUGGUGUGGUCUAUAGAGACGGACGACUUCCACGGGUCCUGCCACCAAGGGGAGCCCUUCCCGCUCAUCACCACCAUCCGUACUAUCCUGAGGGACGACCAGCCCAUCCCCACACCCACGCCUAUCCCAACACCUAUCACCACACCAAGUCCGCUGCCAGAGACCACCACGGACGUGUCCUCUACGACCACCUUGGGGCCCAGCCCUUCCCCUAGUCCCAGCCCUUCCCCUAGUCCCAGCCCAUCCCCUAGUCCCAGCCCUUCCCCUAGUCCCAGCCCAUCCCCUAGUCCCAGCCCUUCCCCUAGUCCCAGCCCUUCCCCUAGUCCCAGCCCUUCCCCGAGUCCCAGCCCAUCCCCUAGUCCCAGCCCUUCCCCUAGUCCCAGCCCUUCCCCUAGUCCCAGCCCUUCCCCUAGUCCCAGCCCUUCCCCGAGUCCCAGCCCAUCCCCUAGUCCCAGCCCUUCCCCUAGUCCCAGCCCAUCCCCUAGUCCCACCUGUCACAGGGAGGGCCUGAACGCUGACCCCGCUGGCGACUGUACAGUCUACUAUAUGUGCCACCAGAAGUAUUACACAUUUAGUAGUUCUGGAGACUGUGAUACUGUGCAAAACAGUCGAUAUAGCACAAAGGGACUGCACACACUUCGCACCAUGUUAACACCAAUUUAUGUUCCUGUGGCCUCAUUUUGGUGCUGGAACACACUACACACCGACGCUGGCCUGCUGCACAUGCUCCAGUUGGUGGUAAUUUCUUGA